AUGAUGUAAAAUGUUUUUCUUUAGCCAUGAUGAUGACACUGCAGAGACCUCAACCAAUCCCACUAUGCUUGUGCCUGCUAUGGUAAAUGCAAUGUUUCCACUUGUAAGCAACACUCUUUCACAGGAGAAUGAAGAUACUAGUAAUGAAAUAUUUCCACAAAGUGGACGACUACUACCAAAUAACAACCCAGUGUCUUCACAAGGAUUAUUAUCCAGAGAUGAACGAGCUGCUUCCCUAAAUACUCAUAUUAAUGUUUGCUGUGAUCGCUUGGGUAAAGCUGUACGUCUGAGAUUACAGGAAAUAAAUGACAUUUUGAAAGAUGAUAAAUUAAAAACAACUUUAUAAAUAAAUUUACGAUGAAAUUGUUUUAUCGUGUUUUUUUAAAUAUGUGUUUAAUGUCAAAUGUGUGCAGCUCUUGUACCACAAAUUUUACCACAUAUUUUACAUACAAUCUCCAAUUAAUCAUUCUACAUUUGUAAAUUAAAACAGUUUAUUAUUUUUUGAUAAGAUUAGCAGAAUUAUAUUGACCGUUACUUUCCUUUUAGGAAGCUACAAAAUUCUUUGGUGGGACUCUGCGUUGAUAAAGUUUGUUGAUUCUAAAAGCUAAAAAAGUCUACAAAAUUAAGUUUCUGUUUAGCCAUAAAAUUGUAUGAAUCUGGUUAUUUAUAAAAAUAUAAGUUUAAGUUAUUUUGGUUCCAAAACCCUCAUUCCUGAAUUUUUGUCGUCUGGUGCUUUGCCUUGUAGUUAAAACAAAAUUUUCUUAUGGAAUUAAUAAGGUUUAACUAUGAUUUGCCUAGUUUUUUUACUUUGACCAGUUCGUAUCAUAAAAUAUCUCACAAUAAUGAUAAAUAUUAUCAUGGCAUUGUAAUAUUUGGUAUUAUUAGCAAAAACUUUAUUUGUUGUUUUAAUAUCUAAGCGUUUUAGGCAUUAAUGAAAGUUCUAUGAAAUUCUUCAAUUUUAAUUCAGAGACCUACUACCAUAUUCUAACAAAUAAAAAUUGUUCAACGCAUGUCUAUAUCUAUGAAAUUCUUCAAUUUUAAUUCAGAGACCUACUACCAUAUUCUAACAAAUAAAAAUUGUUCAACGCAUGUCUAUAUCUAUGAAAUUCUUCAAUUUUAAUUCAGAGAUCUACUACCAUAUUCUAACAAAUAAAAAUUGUUCAACGCAUGUCUAUAUCUAUGAAAUUCUUCAAUUUUAAUUCAGAGACCUACUACCAUAUUCUAACAAAUAAAAAUUGUUCAACGCA